AUGGAUCUUCCUGAUCCUUACCUUCCUGGUGCGAUAAGUCUUUUCGAGCAGUUGGAUAAAAAACUAGUGGUUGUGCUACGGGAUGGUAGGAAAUUGAUAGGCUACUUGAGAUCAAUAGAUCAAUUUGCAAACCUCAUUCUGGAGGACGUGGUGGAGCGUACAUUCGUUGACAAGUACUACUGCGACAUCAAUCAAGGGUUUCUCUUGAUUCGAGGAGAAAAUGUCGAAAUAGCUGGAGAAAUUGAUGAAAGUGUUCCUAUGAUGUAUAAACAGGUUUCUGUGGAGGAGAUACAGAAGAUUGAAGAAAGCCUAGCCUCCAAUUCGAAACAAACAACGUUAAAUUCGAAUAGUAAAUCGAAGGAUGAAGCUGAUGACGGUUUUUAG